CUUCUGCUGACCGCGGUGCAUUGUGGGUAGGUAUGGUGCACUUGCCCCUGUCCCCCUCAACCAUGCUAACACCGACAUGCUAACACUGACCCCGGCGAGCGGCUUUUUGGGACUAAAACACCGCGCAGCGCUGUAGUUCACGGAAGGUAACAGACGUGUGUCGGUUGUGUCUGCGUUUGCUGUCAUGACGAAUUUUAAAGAGUUAAACUACCAAAAAGUACAAAGUCUUCCCCGCAACUGUCAGCUAGCAUAACACGAAAGGAGCUGCACGCCCCCGAGACGAAGCGUGAAAGGAAAGUGAGGAAGGAGCCGAGCUACGGAACCGGUAACCGGUGUUUUGCCCCUGACUGUCACCGUCACUGUCAUGUCAAUGUGUAGAGGUUCUGCAUCCUUGUACCCGUGGACGACGUGGACUCCCGGCGCACAGACAGCAGGAGGACACUGACGGACCAAUGAGAGGACAGGAGGACUUUUACACACAUUUCAGUUGUUCACUGGUGUGCGGUGCGGUGGUGCACACCUGAGCUGAGCCACCAUGUCGGUCUGUGUGAAGGCUGUGUGUGGGGGUAUUGGCGUGGAGACCAAACUGCACAGGGUGCUGCUGGCUGCUGGCUGCACCAGGAUGCGUCUGCCAUUCAGUGGGAGCCUCCGUCCAAAGCGCCCUUUUAGUUCUGUCAGUGGUUUUUCCUCGAGACGUGGCGAGACUCGAACCCUCGUCCCCCUGUGCAGGGCGCGCACGAUGCUCUGCCCUCAGAGGUACACUGUGCCACCUGGACACAGAAGACUGGGUUUGCACAGCAGGAGCUACAGUGACAUGGGCUCAAGGCAUCAACCCAGACAAUGUCCGUCUGCUGCCGUGAGGAAGGAGAACCUGCUGCAAGGAGGCGCGACGUGGCCUGUGUCCUUAAUCCGCUGCAGAGUGACAGAUGCCCCGAUGGCCAGUGUGCCUGCAGCUUUCGUUGUGAUGAAGUUUGAUCAGGAAGGAAAUGUGACAUCAUUUGAGAAGAAGAAAACAGAGCUUUGCCAGGAGCUGAGUCUUCAGGCCAGAGACCUUCGCUUUCAGCACAGUACCAGCCUCACUGCGAGAAACAACUGCAUCAUCUUACGAAUGGCGUCUCUGAAAGCCAUCGUAACCCCAGAGUCCCUCUUGGUGUUGGAUUUUCGUGGCCUGGGAUUAGAACGCUGGUUGGUACUGGAACUCGCUCCUCAGCUGGCAUCGCAGACACACUCUCUGCCCUUCGAGUUCAGAGCACUGGAGGCCAUACUGCAGCACAAGGUAAACACUCUACAAACCAGGCUGAAUGAAGUCGAACCAGUGAUAUUGGAUGUUUUGGAAUCCUUAGUGGAUCCUAAAAUCCUUUCUGCCGAUAGAAGUAAACUACAUGUGCUGCUGCAGAACAGCAAGAGUUUAUCAGAGUUGGAAACGGACAUUAAAGUUUUUAAGGACUCCUUGCUGAAGAUUUUGGAUGAGGACGAAAUAAUUGAAGAACUCUGUCUGACCAAGUGGACUGACCCAAGAGUUUUUGAGGAGAGCAGUUUGGGCAUUGACCAUGCUGAGGAGAUGGAACUGUUACUGGAGAAUUACUAUAUGCAGGCUGAGGAGCUGGGGAACAAGACCAGGGAGCUGAAAGGGCUGAUCGAUGACUCCGAAAGUGUCAUCUUUAUCAAUCUGGACAGCCAUCGUAAUGUGAUGAUGCGUCUGAAUCUGCAGCUGACCAUGGGUUCCUUUUCCCUCACCUUAUUCGGUCUGAUCGGAGUGGCCUUUGGAAUGAAUUUGACAUCGUGCUUUGAAGAGGACCCUCGUAUUUUCUGGCUGGUAACCGGCUUCAUGUUCCUGGGCAGCGGGCUGAUUUGGAGACGACUGCUGUCAUUCCUGGGACGACAUCUCGAGCCUUCAGUGCCCCCACUAAUCCCUCCAGUUUGGAAGAGAAAUCUGAAAACAUCAGACGUCAAAGCGGGAGUCAGAUGAAGUUUCACCUUCGUUCUGUAAAAUCCGACAGACCUCACAAAGACUCUGCGCCUUAAAAACAGAUUGUUUUAUAACCUUCUGAAUUUUGCUGGAUAUUUUUCAUUUUUAAACUAUAGCGAACAGUACUAAAGAUUCCACUGUGUUUCAGUAUGUGCGCUUCAGUGCCACCAUCAUUUUAUUCAUAAUUUGAUCAGAUGCUUAGAAGUUUUAUAUUUCACCAUAUUUGCUGAUAAAACAUGUGGGCACAGAGUUUUGCUCUGUCAUCACUGGUUUUAUGGUUGUAUGUGUAGGUGAGAAGCAACAGUGGAAGUGAAACCAAUAACAACCAAACAAUUUGUGAUAACCACAUUACAUGCAGUUUUACGUUCUCUCGUUUCAUAGGUGAAUAAAGGUGUGUUAAGAGAGGGGGGUAAAAAUAUUAUUUAAACCAAAGGGAGCCAUAUGAGUGUGAAAAGUCUAUUGUUAUGGUUUGUUAAGAGCUGAGUAGUUUCAGUGUGCAAGAUCAGUCAGUCAGACAAUAAGGACUCUUCUAAAUAGACUCUUUCGAGUACAGAUGUUUUGAAUUGUUAGAGCAGGAAAGACACUAAUGUAAAUAAUGUGAACGCUGGCGUCCUUCUGUUACGUGUCUCAGCCAUGUCACACACAAAAUCUUCUGGAUGGUUUGCAGGGACUUUUCAUUUAACACUCACUGCUCUUAAAGUCAAGGUUUUAUCAAAUGAUAAAACCUGGUAUCUGGUGUGACUGUGACAACAUGACUGAUCAAAAGCGAUGAAACUGGAUUUUCUUUUCUUUCACUGUGUCUCAAAUUGACAUUUGCCCAAUAAUUAAAGACUCUUGAUACACA